GUCGACACCAAGCACGUCAAAGCGAGGUCAAACUCAAGUCAAAAUCAAAGCUCCCAAACUCAACCCUGGCCAGCUAUGAAAGUAUGAUGUAGUCCGUCGCAGACUGACAGUCUUUUGAUCACCUUUCCGACAAAGUCAUAGUCAUUGUAGAUACUUCUUGUAAUCUACAGUCAGUAGUAUACUACAGGAAGAGAGCCUGUGUUCAUUUCCCUUGCGGGACCUAAGCCGGCUGGUAAUGGUUGUUGUGCGCUCUUACACUUGCUGACUUAGUCUUGCAGCGCGAAGAUGAUACAGUUCGUGCUCCUGCUGUCGUGUGUAGCGGCUUGCGCUGCCCAGAGCAGGGGCCCUGGACCAGGUGCUGGUCCUACAGGUGUGCCAGGUAUGCCUCCACCAAGCAAGCCUCCAACACGACUCAGUUUUCUCGGUGGAUUUGCUGACGCGGACAACCACUGCAUGGUACAAACGGACUCUGCAGAGAUCGAUGGCCUGCAAUUCCGGAUGGGAGGACUGCUUGAAAUGAACGAGUUGUAUUCGCCUCUGGACGACGAGUGUCGGACUUUCGGUAAUUGGGGUGCCGUUCAGCAGAGUUUGGGCCUGCUGUACGCGUUGGAUAUAGCGGAGACCGUCCUUCCCCACCGAGCAAUAGUGAGACGCAUUCUCUCAGGUGAAAACGCAGGCCAGAACAUUCUGGCAGCAACGAUAUUCGAUUCCUGCGCCUCGGCACUGCUUGGCGUGACUUUGGCGCAGCGCUUUAUCGCUGAAUCGACCGUGUUUCGUCAAGCCACCCUGAACUCUGUCAUAGAGGGUCUGGGCGAGGAAAGCGUCGCUUUACAAGGCAACUGUACCAGAGCAUUGGAGGAGAGUGCCUACGGGGGCGACCCACUGGCGGGCAUCAUUGGGCCAAUGAGCUCCAGCACUGUCAUUGCUGUCUCUCCCCUUUUGUCCGUGUACAACAUACCCCAUAUCAGCUACUGGGCAAGCAGUACGUUGUUCGACGACACGCAAGACUACCCAUACCUCUUUCGCACUGUGCCGUCUGACCAGUUCCAGGUGGCGGCGAUUGCCAGUCUAGUGGAGUACUUCAACUGGACUUUCGUGUCUCUGGUGGCAGCCGAGGAUGACGAGUACAGUGGCAGAGGGUAUGAACUGCUGCGCUCCGAAGUUAUUGCGAGGCAAACGUUCUGCCUGGACGUGAGCGAGCGGUUCACCGGUCGGUCGAGCAGUCUGGCACGUACUCGACUGCUUGCAAAGCGACUGUCUCGCUCCCGUGCCCGUGUGAUCAUUGUCUACGCGCCAGUCUUAGCAGCACGGACAUUCCUGCAAGCGCUUGAACUGGAGGGAGUGACGGAUAAAAUCCUGAUCAGCAGCCACGACUGGAUUAAUCGAUUGACGAUUCGAGACGGCACGUUUGCCACGAAAAUACCGAUUAUCGGCCUGGCGCCACGCCAGCUAGCCAUGACCGGCGUCCGGAAUAUCACAAGGCAGAUGAUGAGGGACCUUAGAAAGCCGGACGUUGUCGCCAGAUAUGUGCAGAUUGAUCCAUGGUUUCGGAGUUUCGUCGAGCAAGCAUUACAAUGCAAAGUUCAGCUUCAAAGUGAUGAGGACGACUGCAUGAUUCGGCAGGACCGGGGUCCUCGACCAAGUGAAUCUCCGCCUCCGACCCGCUCUUCAAGACCUCCAGCGUGCAGAAGGGCAGACUAUGCGAGGUUCGUGCCACCUAGAUCGACGGUCAUAGCCGAGUCACUUCUGUCGAGCGUGGUGGCGCUGGGGCUUGCCAUGUCGAAUGCUGCAUUUGGCAAGGACUUCUCGUCGACCAGGCUCCCGGAUCGCAUUCCACCGCCAGGCCAGGUGCGCCAGGAGCUUAUAGACAUGGAGCUGCCGUGUUCAAGUGGCAUGUGUAAAGUGUUUACUGCGGAGCAAAGCACCAGACCAUCGUUCUACAUCCAGAAUGUGCAGAUGCUCUCCAACAAUUCGAUGGGACGCGUCAGGUACGAUGCGGUGGCUGUGGGCGCCUGGUCGCCAGACCACGGCUUUCGAUGGUACGAGGACGAGGAGUUUCAAUUGCUGUCGUUCGGGAAAUUCCCGCUGGCGGCAGACAACCUGUCCAAGGUUCUGGCCGCUUUCCCGACUUCGAGCUGCAGGCAGCUAUGCCACCCUGGAGAGCGUCGGGUUUGCGAGCAAGGAUUCGCGUGCUGCUGCUGGUCGUGCAUACCCUGCGAUGGUAACGAGUUCAGCAAUGCGACGAACGCCGACCAGUGCGAAACUUGUCCGCUCGGGUUUACGUCGGACGGUACGGCGUGCUUUCCGAUCGCUCCCCAGCAGUAUGCGGCAUCCAGCGCAGAGUACCUGGUGUCGACGGUACUGUCCAUUGUCUUCCUGGUUGCAGCCAUCUUCACACUUAUCUACUAUCGAAUCUACUCCGACUCCGUCCUGAUACGGGCAUCAGAUCUCGAGCUGAGUACGCUGACUUUGGUGGGAAUGAUUGUUGGUUUUAUUUUCGUGCCGUUUGUCAAUAUCUGGGGUUCGGUCACGACAACAAAGUGCAUCGUGAGUACAGUGGUUCCGGAGCCAAUCAAGACGUUUGUGAUUAGCACGGUACUGGUCAAAACCAAGCGAUUCGACAGCGUCUUCAACUCGAUGAAGAUCCUCAGCAGGCACAAGCGUCGUCGUUUCCUGCUCGGCACGCCCAUGCAAAUAGUCGCAAUCUGUGGACUGACGCUAGUCAACGUGAUCCUGGGCACUCUCUAUGCUAUCAUCAACCCGUCCGUAGCGAUCACAGAGCUGGGACUAAGUACGGUGGUGGUCUACUGCGAGAUCGAAUACUUAUGGCAAGGCCUAAUGAGUGGUUAUAACUGUGUGCUUCUCAUAGUCUGCAUUGUGCUGGCGUUCCUCACCAGAAAGCUCCCCGACGAGUAUAACCAGGCACAGCUCAUUUAUCUGUCGUCGCUGACGGCCUUUGUCGUCUGGCUUGGUCUGCAGCCGGCCUACUUCGUUACUGGACGAGAGCUGCGACCACUCAUCUCAUCGCUUUCCCUUGCUUGCUUGCUGGAAGCGUUCUGGGUGUGCCUGUUCCUGCCGCGGCUGAUUCAGAUGUUCCGUAAUCGCAAGUACCGCAUGCCGAGAACGAAAGCCAGUGCCAUGUCUCUCGGAUCCAAGCAGUCGACGACGAACAGCCACUCAUCCCUGCAAGCGUCACCGCUCACUACUCCCAAUGUCAAUCGAAAGGUGUACCUUCAUUCACCGCUUGUAGUUCCGAACGAAGCGGAUGGGCAUUCCCGUGGUCCAACGCCGCAGCUGGCCGAGGCGUCCAACUUGCCGGCAAACCACCAGCAAAUGACCUACGUUGGCCUGAACGUUCCGUCCGCAAGGGAUCGCGGGUCCACUUCGUCAACGGGCUCGCAGCAGGAAACAACGUUAGUGUCUGAUGAGGGACUCAUGCCUGCGGAUCGCAGCCCUUCACCAGUUGUAAGAACGAGACUGCACGCGAGCACACCGGAUCGACCUUACACAGUAAGCAAUGUGUAGCAAGAGAGACAACAUUGGCUCAAAAUGCCUCUUGAUCAGCACUUGAUUGACAGAACCGAGAGCCUUUCGUAGAGUUAUCGGACGUACAGCGUCGCGGCUGAUGACGAUGUUAUGCAAAGCUCAUGUAUAGUGUAGAAUGUCGGCUUGAAACAUUGAACCCUUGUGUGGAACAAUCUAGAGAAUUAUCAAUUAUAGCAUUGGGGACAGCGCCUCAGACGUUUGAUUAACUGGAUGUUCACCAUGAGUCGUGACAAUAGUCAAUACCUGUAGUUCGAAUCCCAUGCAUCACCAUCUCCUUAACCUUAAUGUAAUUACAAUUCAUUUAAUUAGUGAUAGACAGUUUGGGCGUUGGCUGGGUAGCAGCUCUCAUUAUGACUAAAUAUGAACCAUUAAUGCCGCCCUAUCCUGAUUCAACAGAUACUCUACUAUAGGAGAAAAGUUCAGAAAACAUGUGUAUUUGUAGUGCUUUUCCAUGCUUCUUUAUGUGUGGCUACACUUAGCCUGCUUGAACAUGACCAGUCAGGGUGCCGAAGCACCACAUCGUGACAUGAUCCUAGAAAGUAUUUAAAAUUAAUAACUCGAAUGACUGUAGUAUCACCACGCCAUCAGUAUUAUACGUUUUCCACGAUUAUUACUGGGUUUAUUAGCCUCAA